UGACAUAUGGUCCGUUAUAGGUUAGGAGAGAUAAUAAACCAAAUAUCAAAUAUAUAAAUAAUAAUAACUUUGCCAAAUAUAGACAAUAAGUCUAAAGUCUAUAUAAUACACAAAUAUCUUUGAAAAUUAAUAACAACAAAGACAAGUGGGGUUGUCUUUAAUGAAUAUAAAUAUUAUUAAAUCUAGGAGAGAAACUUAUUUCGGUUUACAAAUCAAGCUGUGUUAAUUGGUUUUAUUUUCAAACAUUAGAAGAUUCUGGGUGUAAGCAAAAAUUUAUCGGUCUAAUUGAGAUAUAAUGGCAGCAAAGAAUACUUCUGCUAUUGAUGCUCGUCAAGAACUUGGAGAAUUAGUAAAAAGAAAAGCCGAAAUUGCGGAUACUUUAGCAAAUUUAGAAAGGCAAAUUUAUGCUUUUGAAGGCUCUUAUUUGGAAGAUACUCAAUUAUAUGGAAACAUAAUUAGGGGAUGGGAUAGGUAUCUCUCAAGUAAUAAGACUACAAAUUCCAAAGCGGAUAAAAGAAAUAGAAAGUUUAAAGAGGCAGAAAGACUUUUCUCUAAAUCAUCAAUUACAUCCAUGGCUGCUGUUAGUGGAAUUGUUGAUCCUAAUUCUGAAAAAAGUAAGGAACCACACGAGUUAAAUGAAUUCGAACAAUUUUCUAGUAGCUAGAGUAUGGAAACAAAAAUAAUUUUCUUCUUUUUCAUAUAAUUUUGACUUUGUGUAUUUUUUUGUAUCUUAUUAUAAUUUUGUCAAGUAAG